AUGUCCUUCUCUAAUAGCGGUGCUGGCGGUACCCUCACCGUACCUAGCCCAACACAUGUUCAUCACGUCGACGUGCUCGCAACAUCUGUUCGGAGCCUUCGCCGCUCCCUUUCACGUUCCCCUUCCAAGUUUAGCUUAGCCCGCACCGGCUCGCAGAGUUCUGAGAGCUCCCGCAGCUCUUACUCGCCAGCAGAACAGUCACCCAGCCGGCGCUAUUCUCCCAGCAUUUCAUUGAGGAGCCACGCACAAUCACACACACCGGGCCAGCAAUCAUCGCAACUUCCACUUCUGACUCCCCGUUCUUCCGCUUUUUCCACAACUCCUCAGCAACCACCCCCGACAAACCCUUACAACUUCUCUUCCCGCCCCAACUCCGGUCUCAAGCUCUCUCUACGGUCGGCCAGAUCUACAGCGAAGCAGGGCUCAACCUCGUCAAGGCAGCUUACCAGGCUGCGAGGUUCGCCCAAAUCACCUCUUAAACGCACUCAUAGCGCGACCGAUGACACGGAGAACGCGCUGCCUGCUCCUUCCUCCACUUCUGCAUCUGCUGGUCAGGACACUCCCACACCUCAUCCCUCGUCUACCCCCCGGAGCCCUCUUCCCAGAAGCUCCCUCCCGCGAAGGCCUCUUGAAAAGUCGUCGCGGCACAGUCUACACCUUGACGUAUCCGGUUCGACCCAACGCGCCAUUUUCAAGGCCUUGGAGGGCAACGCCGAAAUGAGCGGCAUCCCUGGCUCCGGCGCCCUCAAGCGAAGCGAUGCCCUCAUGGAUGUCGAUCAACCCAGCCUGAGCAGCCCGGUUGCCAAGCGACGAAGCUUGCACGGGGUCUCGGGCGUUUCCACCAUUGCCAACAAUGAUGCCGACGUAACCAGCAUUUUUGGCGGCAGCACCUGCGCGCCCAACACGAGCUUCGAAAUCCACGACGACGGGAACCGCGGCGAUUACGAGCUCUCCAGCACGAGUAGCUUUAUCCCUCCCUCGGAGGCCCUUCCUUCACCGACGCCUGUUCCUUCGAUUCCCCGUCGCACCGGCUCACUCCGAAAAUCUACGCUUCAGCAGCGCCAGCACGAUCGAUCAUCUUGGGGCCGUCGCUCCGCCGCAAACCACCUGGCUCAGAUGGGGUCCGAAUUUUCUACCCCCAACGUCAAGAACAGACCACGCCUCUCGCUCGAUCAGUUCUGCCCCCCUCAGCUCGGUCGCGAUAGCCCCUUCUCGAAUAUUUCGUUUCCCGCCGCUCCGGUCCAGCCCGACGAACGCGGUGCCCAACAACAACAACAACAACAACAACAACAACCGCACCCUCUUUCCAAAUCACUGACCACGUCUUCGAGUGGCAACAACCUGCAGGAGGAGGAUGCCUCUAGCAAGGACAAGGUGCCACCCGCCAUCUUCGCUCGGCCUGUCGCGCCCAUCAAUUUCGCUAGGUCGCUGCCUUGUGGCUUGGGCGGACCGCCUGUCAAGGAGGACGACACCGUUACCCCUUUCAAGGACGUCAAGCCAUGGCCUGGCGCCUUCAUGUCCACGGGCCUUGUUUCCAAGGUCAACCGGAACCCGGAGGAAGAUAACAAACUUGUCAUGCCCGAUACGCCCUGCAAGAAGCCUAACGGUGGCUUUGCCACCUACCCACCGCCCCCGGGCAGUGCCUUCAAGCGGAAUGCUGGUCGCCUUUCCUUUGGCGUUCCGUCCAGCCCUUUCAGCCCGAGCACUUCCCAACAGCGUGGCUCUCUCGGCAACGCGGGCAAAGGUCUCGGUCUUUUUCACCGCCUCGGGCCCCGGAGUAGCAGCCGCAGGAGCAGCCUCUUGAGCCUGGAUGGCGAGGACAAGAAGCUCAUGUUUGAUACUCUCGAAGAUGCCCCUUCAGGAAUCGACGCCGAUGACGUCCCCCCGACUCCCACCAAGCAGAGCCUCACCUCGAGUUUGAGCAGCCUUACGGAGACGAGCGCCGAAAACGAGAGCCCCAGUGCCAACCGGACCAUCCUCGUACCUCUAUCUGCUGUCCGGCCCAUGAUCCCACGCGAGUCGACCGGUAAGUGUGACGGUUCUCCAGAAGGCAUCGAACCCAAGGGCGACUGUGACGGAUCAGCGGAAGCCGCCGUGCAUUCCGCCGUUUCCUCAGACUGCGGUCCUUCUCCUCCUCCGCGUCUGUCUUUGCCGUCCUUGGCCGGGUCGAGAUCCAGGCGAGGGUUUCAUAGCUCUUCUCCGCUGCGAGCUCGGCUCGGAUCCACGACCCCGUUGAACUCUGCGAAGAAAAUGUUUGCUAAGGCUCCCUCUCGCAAUGCAGCCAGCCCAGUGGAGCGGAGAAGCCCCACGACCCCUCAACCCAGCCUAGCCUUCCCGGAUGCCAGCGUCCUGUCCAUCUCCACCUCGCAGGAGACGGGCUCUGCCAAGUCAACCGAAGACCAGUCCGUGCUGGCGGCUCCGGUCACGCCUUCGGGCCGUGACUCCUUCCACGCGAGCGGCACCGGGCUCAUGACCCCUGUCAAUGCCCGCGCCCGCGGUGAUGACGAAUCCCUUCUCCAUCGCUUCGACCGCGUCGAGCUUGUCGGCAAGGGCGAGUUCUCCAUGGUGUACAAGGUUGUCAAGUCGGCCUCGCUGCGCGCCUCCUUCUUGUCGAUCUUCAACGGCACCCCGGGCAGGACAUCUCCCGGAAGCCCGGAACCCGACCGCAUUUACGCCGUCAAGAAGGGCCGCCGGCCUAUCCUGGGUCCCAAGGACCGCGAGAACAAGCUUAGAGAGGUUCGCGCGCUCCAGGCGCUGACCCAUGCCGAUCACGUGGUUCGCUACGUCGACAGCUGGGAGCAUGAUAGUUAUCUCUUCAUCCAGACGGAAUUCUGCGACGAAGGCAGCUUGGACAAGUUUCUCGGCAAUGUCGGUAGAAAGGGCAGGUUGGACGACUUUCGCAUUUGGAAGAUAACCCACGAUAUUUGCCUGGGUCUCCAAAGCAUUCACGAGGCUGGCUUCAUUCACCUGGACCUGAAGCCUGCCAACGUUUUCAUCACCUUUGAAGGCAUUCUAAAGAUCGGCGACUUCGGCCUCGCCACGCCAUGGCCUGCCGCGAAAGGUGUUGACGCCGAAGGUGAUAGAGAGUACAUCGGCCCCGAGAUCCUUCGUGGAAAGUUCGACAAACCGGCCGACAUCUUCUCUCUCGGCCUGAUCAUGGUGGAGAUGGCCUGCAACGUGGUUCUUCCGGAUAACGGCCCCUCUUGGAUUGCUCUACGUUCGGGCGACUUCUCAGAAGUGCCCAGCCUCACCUUCAGCGCCACGACUGCGACCCAGGCUCGGGACGCUGCCGGUGUGCCGACGGGUCUGUCACAGGACGAACCCAUUGUCCAUAAUACUAGCACUUCCGACUUUGCCCUACACGAGGAUAGCUUCGACGGCAAUCACGGCAAAUAUGCCUUCGGUGACGUUCACAUCAGCGGCUCGUCGGGCUCGCGGCGCCGCCCUGAACUGCAGACGCCUCCCGACUUUAUGUGCGACUCGUUCCACCCCCACUCGCUCGACCAGCUGGUUCGGUGGAUGACCAAGCCAGAUCCUUCGGAUCGUCCGACCAUUCAACAGCUCCUCGGAUCUGGCGGCCUGAACUGGGUUGCCGAGCGUCGUCGAGCCGCCGCGACGGUUUUUGAAGGCAUAUGGGGUCCCGCCGAUGAUGCAAACGGCCCCGAGCCAUCGAGCCGCUCAGAUGAAGAUACGGAGAUGACAGAUAUGAGGGCUCACUGCCCUGGAUAUCGACUGGGCCGUCGGGAGACGCGUGCUCUGGGCCUGAGACGGAGUGGACACGUCGGCUCUACUGGCAUACGACAUUACGACGCUAUGAUCGGGACAUACCCCGUUUGA